UGAAUUAUGAUCUUAAUCGAACUUAUACUCUUGAACUAAAAAGUCGGCCAAUUUAAUCCUCAAAUUAAAAAAUAUCGCCAUUUUCCAUCCAAAAAGUCUUGUGUCAUCCACUUGAGUUACUAUUUGAUUGUUUUACUAUCUAAAGUACUUAGAAUAUAUAAAAAUGAAACCCCAAAAAAAACCCACCAGCGCUCCCACCAAACACCUACCCCUGCCACAAGCUUCUCUCUUUCCCUGACGCACCACAACCAGAAGCUUCUCUCCUUCUCUGAAUCUCUCUCUCUCUCUCUCUCUCUCUCUCUCUCUCUCUCUCUCUCUCUCUCUCUCUCUCUCUCUCUUAUAACCUGCGAGACGCAAGCCAACGCCAUCGCCGGCGACCAAGACUCCACCAAAGGAAACUCCAACUCUAAUAACCUGAAUCUGAAUUCGAAUUCGUACUCCAGUUCCAACUCGCAACAGUUUUCACUGAACUUGAAGUCCAAGGCUGCAAUUAUCGGCCCCAACUUUCUCCUCAGCCAUAAACCUAACUAGAAUCCUUGUGACACGGGCUUCGCCACCUGGCACCCGGCAAUUUUUUAACACCGUGGUAUUCGCACGACAUCGUUUCUGGUUUCUUUCUUUUUACCUGUCAGCGAUUCAGUUACAUUAUACAAACACGCUACGGCGAUCGGAGAGACAGAGGAAGCGAGCUGAUCAUUCAUCUUGGCUCUCUCUCUCUCUCUCUCUCUCUCUCUCUCUCCUUUCCAAAUCCCGUGGAAUAUCAAUUAUCGACUGAAGCAAUUUAGGAUACACUAGAAGAAUUCUUGAAGAUUCAAUUUGGUGUUGCACCUUCUACAGCAGUUAACCCCUUCUCUUGUAUCACGCUUGUUUGUCUGGUGUGAUGUGGGGUUUUGCUUCUAAUGCCAUCACAAGCAUUGGACUUACAAGAAGCUCCUCAGAGCCAAGCCGGGUUUGUUUGGACUCCUCGGACGAUGAAGUCUGCUCAAAUUCAAGCCAAGAGGAGGGGUUAGAAUGCCCUAUAUGCCUGGAAUCUUUUAACAUUGUCGAGAAUGUGCCCCAUGUCUUAUGGUGUGGUCAUACCCUGUGUAGAAAUUGUGUCUUGGGGCUUCAAUGGGCUCUCUUUAAAUUCUCCUCUCAAAAGUUUAAGAUCCCAUUUUUCAUUGCUUGCCCGUGGUGCCACUUGUUGUCUUUGCGGCUGGUUUAUAAGGGGAAUCUAAAGUUUCCACGCAAGAAUUUCUUCCUUCUCUGGAUGAUUGAGAGCUUCAAUGGUGAAAGGGUAAAGUUUGGUUCUGCACUCAGUCGGGAGAAUCAACAAAUUGGUUCUCCAAGAGCAAGUUUAGCUAUUGGAAAUCAAACUGGCAACGGUAACCUGAGGAGGACCCAUUCUAGUUGCCCUUCGCUGUCGAGGUAUAACCACGAUGAUAGAAGUAGUCGUGUCGAGCGGCAUCAUUUCUCCCUGCAGAAGUCUUUGGAAAGUUUCAUUCACAUUACAUCCAAGUUCCCAUUAGUCGUAGUGUUUCUUUUGAUUGUCUUUUUUGCAAUACCUGGCUGUGCUAUUAUUUUGGCUCUCUACUUGUUACUCACAGUGGUUUUCGCAAUCCCCUCUUUCUUCCUGUUGUACUUUUCAUACCCUAUUUUGGAGAGGUUGGUGAGGGAGAUAACCUCAUGACCAGGCAUUAUUGGCUCAUCAUCCUUUUUAGAACCUUAUGGCUCCAACCAUCCUCUUCCAGUUGUCAUCCAAAUUUUUUUUCAUCAAAGUAGAGCACAUUAUGCUAACUGGAGCCUUCGGCAUCCAGAGCACUCUCGGAUUACAUGGUAUGCAUGACAGUGGAAGUUUCAAGAGUAUAUGAGGCAUGUUUCUUGGGUAAUUUGUAAGGUCUGGCGUCUGAGUUUGAAUGAUUGUCAUUAAUGUAACUACCAUUGUUUAUUGGAAGUGGCUGAUUUCCUAUUGCGCAACUGAUUUUUGAGGAAGUAUUUGAAGUUGUGUUAGUGAAUUUUUACAUGCACGCUUACUUGAAGGCCGG